AUGGCCGUGGACGUCGCCGAUCGCGCCCUGGACAGGGCCAUGGAGCUGGCAGGCGAAAUGUUCCCCGACCAGCCGGCGGGAUUUCCCUUCGGCGAAUUCAACAUGGAGGCCGUGAAGCUCCCAAGAGACGACGACUUCGGCAUCCCCAGCGACGAUGAUCUGAGCGAUGACGAGGUCGUUCAGGAGGAGACUGGUUUCGGCUCAGUUAUAGUCGUCGACAACGUCCCUGUGGUGCCUGAAGAGAAGGUUGAAAAGCUGACGAGCGUGAUCAAGAGGCUGUUUGGUGGCGUCGGCACCAUCAGGGAAGGGGGAUUCCACAUGCCAGUGGAUCCAGAAACGAAGAAUACCAAGGGAUUUGCUUUCAUCGAGUUUGAAUCGCCAGAGGAAGCUUUAGCAGCUCAGAGGCUGGGCCACAACCACCGGCUUGACAGGAACCACAUUUUCCAUGUUUGCAUGUUUGACGACUUUGAGAAAUACGAGAAAGUUCCUGAGCAAUACAAGGCCCCCACUGUUCCUGUCUAUGAGGACCAGGUGAGUGUGUGGCCAUCUGGCGACCUCCAUUGCAGGGACAUGACACUGAAAGUUCAGAAGAAAUGGCAAGUCGCCUACAGCAGGAGUGAUUUGGUACUGCUCCAAGCUGCUGGUUGCAGCAGUCAGGGAAAACUUGUCAGAGAAUGUAUGUACUGCUGCCUUUUCAUGACAUUUGGCAAGCACGUAUUGUGGUGGCACGAUUGUAUUGUCGCAGUGAUGAAGAUAAAGGUAUUGCUGGUGCAACGUCCAAAGCACAUGCAGCCAUUCAUAUCACCACCAUCCCUUCUGUUGUUUAGUUGGUGCACAGCAUGCUCACCCUGUAUUCCUCUGCUCUUGUGUGCAUUCCUCACAAUAGACUAA